GUCGCUAAACACAGUCUGUUGAGUAAGCGGUACCGAAGCAUCAAGGGCACGAGUGGGGUACUUUCCGCGCGAGUUACCACAUAGCUUCGUUCCUGCGAUAUGACCCUUGGCGAGGUGCUCCAGGUGCUGCGAGGGGCGGGGCGUGUGGGCGUGGCUCUGGUGUCCACGCAGAGCGAGCGCCUCCGUCUCGCGGCCUGUAACUCCACGGCUGGAGCGGCAGUGAAGGCGGCGCAGGAGCUACUGGAGGGCGUCGUGGUGGCAGCGAUGGGAAACAGGGAGUCUGUGAAGUCUGAAUUCUCCAGCGCUGAAAGCUGGGAGGAGGUGGAGGAAGAUGAUGCUGCCAAGUGGGCUAUGGGUUCUGAGAUGCCACAUGAGUACAGCAGCGAGGUGGCUCAGGAGGAGACUUCGGGCCGGGAAGCGGGCGAGCUGCCUCGAGAGCCGCUCUCUCGGAGUGGGCCGGGAAGUCCUGGUUGGCAAGGUCAAAGCUCUCGGUUUCUCCACUAUAACGUCGGUCUGCGACGUUAUGUCAGGUUCCUGCAUGACUCGGCGAUUGGACGGCUGACAGCAGAAGACAUCAAAAAAGCCAGGGAGGCAAAGCAAACGGCAAACAAGGGGUCUCUUGCCGGGCCCAUCCGACAGAAGUUGAGUGACCGCGCCCGAGAGAGGAAGGUCCCUGCCACACGCGUCAGUCGGCUUGUUAAUUUUGGGGGUCUGGCAGUGGGGCUGAGCCUGGGAGCUGUUGUAGAAGUAGCCAAACAGUCCCUGGGAGGAAAGCGCACAGAAGGUGGGGCCCUGUUGGACUCUCCCCUCUUAUCUGAGGCCAAUGCCGAGAGAAUUGUCGACACGCUCUGCAAGGUGCGUGGAGCAGCGCUCAAGAUUGGGCAGAUGCUCAGCAUACAAGAUAACAGCUUCAUCAGCCCCCAGCUGCAGAAGAUAUUUGAGCGGGUUCGGCAGAGUGCAGAUUUCAUGCCCUCUUGGCAAAUGAAAAAGGUUCUGGUGGAGGAACUGGGCCCAGACUGGCACGAUAAGCUAGCCUCAUUUGAAGAAAAGCCCUUUGCUGCAGCUUCUAUUGGCCAGGUCCAUCAUGGGGUCUUGCACGAUGGCCGGGAAGUGGCCCUGAAGAUCCAGUACCCUGGUGUUGCUGAGAGCAUCAAGAGUGACAUCAACAACCUGAUGUCUGUGCUGAAAAUGAGUGUAAUGCUGCCUGAAGGUCUGUUUGCAGACAGCAGUCUUGAGGUCCUUCAGAGGGAGCUGGCAUGGGAAUGUGAUUACAAGAGAGAGGCAGAAUGUGCCAAGCGAUUCAGAGAACUGCUGGAAGGGAACCCAUUCUUCAAUGUCCCAGAGGUGGUAGAUGAGCUGACGGGCACCCGGGUCUUGGCCAUGGAGAUGGUGUCUGGGGUACCACUGGACCAUUGUGUAGAUUUGGACCAGGAGACACGGAACAAGAUCUGCUUCCACAUCCUUCAGCUGUGCCUGAGGGAGCUGUUUGAGUUCCGCUUCAUGCAGACUGACCCCAACUGGGCCAACUUCUUCUACAAUGCAGAGCAGGACAAGAUCUUCUUACUGGACUUCGGGGCUUGCCGAGAGUACUCGGAGAAGUUCACUGAUGACUAUAUAGAGGUGGUGUAUGCAGCUUCCAUUGGAGACAGGGCCACUGUGCUGCAGAAGUCCAAAGAUCUUAAGUUUCUUACAGGGUUUGAAACCAAGGCGUUUGAGGAUGCUCACACGGAAGCAGUGAUGAUCCUGGGAGAGGCCUUUGCCUCCCCUGAGCCCUUUGACUUCAGCACCCAGAGCACAACACAUCGCAUCCAUAGUCUUAUCCCUGUGAUGCUGCGGCACCGUCUCACACCACCACCUGAGGAGACCUACUCCCUGCACCGCAAGAUGGCCGGCGCCUUCCUUAUCUGCUCUAAGCUGGGUGCCCGCAUCCCUUGCCAGGACAUGUUUCUGGAAAUGUAUGGUGCUUAUGCCCUGCGGCGGCAGAAGAAGGCAGCUUAGGCCCUCGAGUACACUGACGAGGCGAUAGAGCUGCGAGAUGGGGACUAUGGGAGGGAGAAGGGCAGACAUGGAGCUGGGAGGGAAGGGAGAGCAGAGUGAUUAUCUCACUUUCACCACUGGAUGGACCUCCCUGCUUGUGGUUACCACUGGCAACCUGAGGGAGACCAGGGUCACGAGGGGGAUUCCCUUUGAGGAAAAGGAAUCAAAGGUAUGACUACCCAGUGCUCCGAAUUCGCACAAUUGUUUACCCUCUAGACAUUGGGGCCUGUGGGACUCUGCUCCAUCCCACUGAUGGCCCCAGUAUAGUACCACUGCUGGGGGAAAGUGUGCUAGCAAACUGUCUUGUGAUCAAGCAGUUCCCAGGAGCUGAUCUGAAACAGACAAGAACAUUGUCAAUGUACUGUAACGAGUAUCACUCUUAAGAUACAUCUAUGAAGAUGUACAACAUGUAGGUAACUUGAAAAAUACAGGGCAGGAUGGGAGGGAUCAGUAACAUGCUAACCUGCAACCCCUCUUUACUCAACAUGUCGUUUAACCCACUUGCAGCUGGUUUUGUCAUUAUAGUGGCAGCAUUUAACAGUAUAGCAGAAUUCUCCUUCUUUGUGGGUUUUUUGUAACCAUUAUGAAAACGGUAACUAUUUAUGCUACAGCUCUGGCUUCUGUUGAUGCCCAAGGGGAUUUAUAUGUGUUCUUUAUUUUAAUUCUGUACAUGUUUUACAAGUUUGCCGAUGUUUGUAAUCAUUAAAUGUUGGUAAUAAAUGACCGCACGUGGAUAAAUGUUUUAUUUAAUGAAGUGUCAGUUUUACUGGAAUCCACUCAAAUUGCAGCGAACACUGGUCUUCAGUUUCACACUGAUGUUUUAAAAGUGUAUGUCAGAAUGUCAGUUUUUAUACCGGUGAAGGAACUGAACUGAGUGACAUGGAGCAUGAAAGUGGUCAUUUACCAGUCCUCCACCUAUUUAUUUAUAAGGUGAAUUCACAGCUAAAAAUGCUUAGUAAUUAAUAGUAUACACAGAUGAGCUUGGAGGUGAACUAUAAAGCAGUUCUUAUGGGUUAGUUGUCUUCCUUUUUAUUCUACUCAGUUUUGUGUCAGGAAAGUUACUUACCUUUAAGUUACGGCACUGUAACUGUCCUGUUCCAGGCAGAUUAAGGUAUUGUAGCUCAAGUGUGCAGGAAAAAUGUUGCCUUUUUAACCCUCUCCUUAUUUUUCAACUUUAUGCUGUAAGAAAAACAUUUUAAGAGCCAGUUUUAUUCAUAUAUUGUGAAACCAGGUAAUUUCUCAUACUUGGAUGUUAUUACUCACCAGUUUGUAUGAUGGUCUUGAGUUUGACCUGAUGCCAAAAUGACUUUGGAUUAUUGAGACACAAAAGCAGACCAGAACACGUCACUGCCAUCUAACAUCAAUCAUCGUGAGGGUUCAGUAGAUAGGCCAUGUUUUUUUUUCAUACUGUAUACUACAUAAAAUUAGUUCUAGUGCAUCUGUUUUUCAGGUCCUGAAAUGAUACAACCAUCUUUCUCCUCAUUUAUCUCACAGGUCUUGGUAGUUGAGCUGGUCUGUCUAUUUGUCCAUUUCAUAUUACUUUGAGUGGUGCUGCUGUCUCACAACACCUGGGUGGUGUGAGAGGA